GAGUGUCGUCUGAUUGACUCGCGUGGGCGACGUCGCCCACUUCUGUUUGUCGCGUCGUCAGCACCACGUCUUCUACGUCUUGCUACAAAUCUUACUGAGGUCACUAUACUUAUGAAGGAAGUGGAUUUGUUACUUUUAUCGACGAUCGAUUGCAGAAAUCGCAAUUUAGAUUGUUCUCCAUUUACCCCUGGUGGCUACCUUGGGCGACUGCUAGGCCCAAAUCCACCUCCGUUACCCAAUCUCAAGCAACUAUCACUCCAUGUUGAUGUAAUGGUAGAAUCGAUAACUCUUACCCCGUUGCCAUGUCCCAGCCAGGACCUACAGUAUGCUCUUCAUAUGCUUUCAUCAGCACCAUUUCGGACAUUUAUACAGAUAAGUUUUUGUUGUGCUCAAUUCCGUGAGAGUGAUAUUGUGGCAAGGAGUUAUUUGAUGGCUGGUAUGGAACAAACAUUGAAGGCAGCUGCCGAGACGGGAGCUGACACGGAAUUUGAAGUGGAACCUGAAGAAGGAUACGUUGAUAUGACCAUUGAAAAAGGUCGCCUCGAAUAUACGUUCGCGUUCUUCUACUACAAUCCAUCAAUUUGCGAUCCAGCUCCUCCCGAAGAUACAAUCGACCGACGGAAAUCCCCUAUCUCUGUCUAG